AUGCAAGAAGGUUUUAAAAGAUUAAUAAUUUAUAAUAUAAUAAAACGUUAUGAUAUUUAUCUAAUAUUCGAAGAUCGUCCAAGGAGUGGUCGUCCAACACAUUCUGAUAAGAAAAACCUGAAGCGUCUAAAAUAUACUACUGAAAAUCGUGUUAGAGUUAGUCAAAGAGAAUUAGCAAGAAAAUUUGGCGUUGCACAAUCAACUAUUCAUUAUAAUUUGAAGAGAAUUGAUCUUAAAUAUUCUAAACGUCAAAAGGCACCAAAAUAUACGAAAAGACAACUUCAGAAAAUACCAAAAAAAUGUCGAAAAAUAAGACGCCAGAUUACAACAAAAAGGUACAUUUACAGUCCACGAAAAUUCAAUUUCCCUACUUCGAGUUUUGUUUUUUUAUUUCUAUACGUUUUGUAUCUAUUAAGCUACUAUAUAUAGGAAGAAAGCUCAGAACGCGCUGCAUUUUUUGGUAUAUUUAUAUUGAACAUCAAAUGCUGUUCGAAAUGUAAACAGUGUAGUAAAAAAAUGAGUGGCAUUUUUUUCCUUUAAAAAAACGGUUAUCUAUAAUGUUGUAACAUUUUUUGUUUCGCAUGGAUCUCGGCUUAGAUAAAUGAUAAAACCUUGAAUUUUUUCCAAAAGAUGCGUCGUAGAAAACUCUACAAAAGCUGUAUGAUCGAAUUUCUUUUUUACUCGUUCUAAUAUUUUUUUUCAUAUUCAAAAUGAACAACUUACAUGUUAGUGUCGACAGUAGUGUUGCUUUCCAUCAUAUUUUAAAUAUUUUGAGGUCAUUUCUGAUUCACGAUCGGGUUGAUCUAUGCAAGUUUUUUAGAGCUUUCGAUGGCACAUCUUUUAAGAAAAAUUUAAUAUUCCAUUAUUUUCUCAAAUUGGCAUAUAUGGAGAACGAAAAUCUUCCAAAAUUUUCAGUACAAUCGGCAGUGACACUGCCAUGUAAGCUAUUCAUUGUGAGUAUAAGAAAAGCUACUAGAACAGGUAAAGAGAAAUUCGGUCAGUACAGCUUUUGCAGAGCUUUCCAAGAUACAUCUUUUGAAAAAAAAAUCAAGGUUUUAUCAUUUAUCUAAGCCGAAAUAUAUGCAAAAUAAAAAAAUGUUACAACAUUAUAGACAAGUGAUUUUGUAGUAAAAAUACAAAAUGUCACUUCUUUUUUUAAUACAUCGUUUACAGUUCGAACUGCAUUUGAUGUUCAAUGUAAAUAUACCAAAAGAUGCAGCGUGUUCUGGGCUUUCUUCCUAUAUAUAGUAAUAAAAAACGAAAAAAAUCGAAGUGGAGAAGUUGAAUUUUCGUGGACUGUAUUAUUGCAGACGCUUCAGGUUUUUCUUAUCAAAAUGUGUUGGACGACCCUUCCUUGGACGAUCUUCGAAUGGUAGAUCAAUAUCACAGUGUUUUAUUAUAUUAAAAAUUGUUGAUCUUUUAAAACCUUCUUGCAUAAAAUGUUUUAUUAGAUCACUUUUUUUCAAAUUAUUUUGCCGUCCAACCCAGGACGAGGAUUACGACAGUCGUAAACGAUCGUAUACGACGUCG